AUGGGAUAUCGGUUGCAAGAAGCGCAUCAAAAACUCAAUAAUUGGAAACACUACUAUGAAGACGAGUACGCAGAUUAUGCACGUGCGGUCAAGAAUGGAACAAUGGAACCUGCGAGAAGCUUCUUCGAUUUGACUCUACUGCAAGGACAUCAGGUGGCGACCGAAGAAAUUAUUGAAGCGGAGAACAAUUAUGAAAAGGUAAGGGUACAAGUAAGGAAAUUGGAGGUGGUGCUUAGUGAUAUUUAUCCAUCAAGUGGCUUUGCGAAUUAUUCAAAUGAUGAGUAUAGAGCAUCAAUGGAAGAGGCUAUGGCCAAUGAAGUGGAUAGGGAAUGGAUUUUUAGUUGGAUGGAGAAAGAUGAUGAAGAGAUAGAUUUCGAGGACGAUGGUGAUGAUUGGGAAGCAAUGUCAAUUGGAUUAGAUGAUAGUGUUAGUGUGGUUGCUAAAGGUAGGGAAAGAGAAAGAAUCGAUGGGUGGGAAAAAAGAUGUCUGACAAUCGACAAUGACUGGACUGAGCUUCCAGCGGCACUGGAGUACAAUCCUGAGCCUGAGCCGAGAAAGAUGGUUGCUUGA